AUAAGCCCGGGCGGCCUCCUGGUUGAGUGACGGCUUCCCCGCACUGUCGCAAUCGUCAUCCAUGGCACCUGCCAUCAACCCAUCGCUGGCUGAGGCCUGGAUGACGAUCGCGGGGAAACUUCCCCGGUUCUGCGACAACAUAUAUAGCGGCAGGGGGUUCUGGUGCUGGCCGGUUGACUGUCACCAACUAACCACACUUUUGCCGGUGUUGGGUGGGAGAACCGACUAAACCAGCCCCGCCUUGACUCACUUCACCCUCCUCUUGGUUCCUGGUUCAUGCGAUUCCCCCCUCCUUCAUUUCACCGCGAGAUUCUCAAGAUGGACAAACCGAUCCAAAAAAGCAGGACCAUCCUGGUCAUCAAUCCCAACACAUCCACGCACAUGACCAAUGCGUUGAUCCCCAUUCUGGACAAUCUCGGUCAUGGAGGCAUUAAAUUCGACUAUUUCACAGCCCCGGCAUCGGAGAGCGUCAAGCUCCCAGACGGCUGUGUCAUCCACGGGGUGCCCAGCAUCGACUCGGGGGAGGAUUCGGUCCGAUCAGCUUUCUACUGCAUGCCCUUCUUGGAGCCACUGGUGACUGAAUAUGACGGCUUCAUCGUGGCGUGCUUCUCGGCCCAUCCCCUGGUUGGAAUGCUGAAAGAGAAGGUCAGAUCCAUCGAGGAUGAAAAGGUGGAGAGUGUUCCCUCGGAUAUGAAGGUCCAGAAGAAGUACGUGACCGGCAUUUUCGAAGCGGCAGUCCUAGCUGCACUGGGCGUCAUCGGUUCGUUUCACACCACAAAGGGCCCGGGCUUUCAGAAGGCCCAGUCUCGGGAUACCUUUGGCAUCAUCUCGACCGGCAAGGCCUGGGAGGCCGAGCUCACCCAAGCCGUCGCGGACAUGCUCGGUGCCUCGGGGAAUCAAACGAGCCGCUUUGCUGGCGUGGAGACAACCGGGCUGACAGCUGAGGAAUUGCACACCACCCCUCCGGCAGAAGUGAAGAAAAGACUGGUCGAAGCAACAGAGCGGCUGAUCAGGGCAUCGCCAAACCCUGUCGGGGCGAUUUGCCUGGGUUGUGCUGGGAUGGUGGGCAUGGAAGAUGCAGUGAGGGAGGGGUGUGUCCGAGUGUAUGGCCGGCCGCGAGGCAAUCAAGUCAGGAUUGUGGAUGGAGUCAUUGCUGGGGCUGGGAUGCUUGCUACGGCUUGCAAAGCUGGGUUUUAGAGCAUUCUGGCUGCUGGUACUUUUAGGGGUACGAUUCCGGGUUGGCAAGCAUACCUUGGAGUUACUCCUAACCAAAAGACAUUGCAGUACGAUAAAAGAGCUGGAAACCCUCUAUUGUCCUCAAGAGAGUCUAUUAUGUGUCCUCCUAUGUAUCUUCCUUUGGCAAUUCGUCAGCUCGGUAUCCCCCAGACUGCUUACUGCUUUCACUUCCCAGUCACAGAGUGCUGGUGAAGGGGGAAAGGAAAGAAGGGGACCUAAUGUAUUAUAAAUUAAUUCUGUAACUUUGCAAUCCCAUUUAAUUUUUCACAAAACA